AUUUCAUUUCUGCUGAAUCGAAAAGCGGUCUCGUCUGUGUCAAAGAUAAAUAUCCGAGCGAAAACCCCCGGCCGACUGAAAUAAAGAUGCCGCCCUCCUCCAUCACCCCGAAAGAGCACGAGCCGCGGCACACGCCCUGUGGAUCCUCGUUGCUCCACGGCAACUACACAACAGGCACCGCUCCGGCUCCUCCAACGCAGCAGCCGACACGUCUCGGGACGAGUCUCGCUCUCGCCACGCCGGUGGCCGCGAUGUCCACGAUUUUGACGACGAUUAAACAAGUAAAACACGCCCUGGAACAGGAUAUUGAGAGGAAAAAUCCGCCUUCCCCACAUCAAAACGAAACUUCUGAUGCUGGAUUUGCGUACACAAAUCAGAUUUGUCUUGCUGGAGAGGACUGCAGGCCUAUGCUAAGCCUGAGUGGAGGGGUUUAGGGCUAGGCACUGAGCAUGGCAAACGCCUAGGCUGUAGGGCCAACAGCAUGACAAACCGCCUGCAGAAUGCGGCGGAGCCUGUGGCGUUGCGUUCUUGCAAGACAGAGACGAUUUGCGGUCACAAAUCAGCAUUGCAAAUUUUCUGGGACGUACCUUUUCGAUAUGGGGAGGGGGAAUUUUUCCCUAGAAUACAGGAGAACGCCAACCCGGAAGGGGCCUCGGACGCGAAAUUGCUGGCCCACCUGUCCUAUCAAUUGCAAAUAUGUCUGGGUCUGGAGGAAUGCAGAUUUUUGUCAUGCUGUUUUUGCAUGACCCAGAAGGUCCGUCAUGGAAACCCUAGCGUCACAGAUUUGAAGAACGUUCCGCAAUGCUUAAUCCGCAUGACAAAUCCCCCACUUUGGUGACAGGAAAUGGGCGCCGUUUGCUGCCUGUGCAUGAGAGUUUUGCGCGCGUAGCGGAAUUCGCAUCACAAGGUCGGAUCCUUCCAGACCCAGACAUAUUUGCAUUUGAUAUGUCCGCUAUCAUGUUCCACGCAAAGGCCAUUGUGCUGGCGGGGGUACUAGGUGUUUAUUGAGUCGUGCAAUGAUUCGUAGUAUGGGGCACGGAUCGAUUCGUAGUAUGAAAGCAGAUUUUUCAUCAUCCAGCUUGAACGGUUGCUUGUUUCAAAACCAAAAGGUUGCCCCCGAGCUCCACUCCGUCUUCAACGCGGCCCUUUCCCUUCUCAACGUCACGCCGGAGAAAAUGCACUGCCAUUUGGACGGUUCCGGUGAGACGUUUGCGGAGACUUGUUUUCUCGUCGCAUCGACGGUGAAAAACUAUUUUCUGUACGAGCCGUUUGCAGAAAAAAAUUGGCGAAACGUCACCGCAAUGUGGAUUUUUUCCUCUUCCGCCGAUGAAACUGAAAGAAAGCACUUCGUCCUCGACACGCGGCGAUUCCCCGGGUGCUGGCGGCCGGAGAUGAGUAGCAAUUUCACAGUCUAUUCCGUCCCGGUGUUCUUAGAGGAUUUGGCGGACAACUUCGACUGUAUGGAAGAAAAAAACUGUGUAAGUGUAAAUCUGUAAUGCAGAAAAUGCAAAACAGUUACACUUGUCAUGCUCGACAUGCAUGAUCGGCUCGCUUCCUAUGUGUUUUCCCUUCCUAUCUGCGCAUAACAAGUUUUUCCUGUCAUUGCAGACAAACUUGUAAUGCUGUUUUCCCAAAAGACUUUCUUACACUAACACAGUUUUUUUGUUGGAUAGACUGCUGGCGCAGAGCAGCCAUGGACGGCGAGAUUGUCAUGGAGAAGGACCGUAUUUAGUGGGUGUUUUGGAGGAUGCAUGACUACAUAUAAAAAUCAUCCCAUCGGUUAUUUUUUCUUCGUCUUCUUCUGCGGGGUUUGCAUCGGCCCAACAAGCCGGUCUGCUAUCAUCAAAUGCAGUCGACAAGACCUUAUGUUGCUCUUACGGAAAUCAAAAACUACAGAUAUCCCCCCCUCCAGCCCGGAUCGGAAGAGGAACAAAAACCGGAAAGCCACCCGCUUUCCCCCACCAAAGUCCUCCCCGGGGGGGCGAAAAGCGAGUCCUCCAACAGUACCAACAUCAAAUCGUUCACAGGGAGGACGGGUGGUUGGGAAUAAAGGAACGACAGUUCUUGGCACACAAGGGCAAGGAGUAGGCGAAGUCUCUGAAGGUACAGAAGUCGAAUCUGCGGUAGACGUAGAUCAAGUCCUGUGCGAAAGCAGUAGAAAAGAACUCGGCGAGGUUUCAUCAACGAGCGGUGUGCCGAAAAACCCACGAGAAAAAAAAGAUAACAACCAAGCUGCGCUUCCGGUAGGAGGAAAGACAUCAACAUCUCCUGUGAACUUGGUUGAUUACGGCAACAGCGAUGCGAGUGUGCAGUCAAGAAGGCAACCAGCGUCAGUGAAACAGCAGGCGCUUCAAACCGACGGAGAGGGGAAUGACAAUGAGCGGGAGGUGGACCAGCAUUUCACGCCCCCGACGACUUCGACGGAGACGGAAGCAGAGCCAGUACUAGACGAAAAAAUAACAAAUCAACAUGCAAGCGCAGGCACAGUGCUGGUUCGUGAAAAUAACGGACCUACAGCACAUGACGUUGAAGAAACCAACGACACCACGUCAGGGACAGCUAGUACUUCCUCUGUGAAAAAAGAGCCACUGAUGCUCCGCUGGAAGGAGGCGCACCGGAGAUUCAAUGCGGAAUAUUGGAAACCGAAUCUUGCGUCGGACCGCCAGAAUUCCUCUUCUUCGGGCUUACGAAACCCAUCUAGGGCGAAGAGACAAAAACUGAACAGUGCAGCGGGAGGAGGAGCUGCUGGAGCCGCACCUGCAGCCACACGCUCUGCUAGCGCGCAGCAGCAGCACUUCCGAAGAUACGAAGAGGUGGAAAACCGGCCAUUUUUGUUUGACCCGUCUGCUGAACAACAAACUGCUAGCGGGACGACGAUGAACAGCAGCAGCGCUUCAUCUUUCGCGUCGAAAAAUAACUUCAGUUUCUCCGCGGUGCAACUGUUAGAACAGCAGCAGCAGCUGCAUCAAAAUCAAAACCAAAACCAUCUUCAUCUCGAUACGGCGAGCUACGGCUCGGUUUCGGGUGGGGAAGAAAGCCAAAGCAAGCAGAGUGAGCAGCUAGACGACGUGAUGCGGCAGCUGUGGGCAUUGCGAGAACAAUCGGCGGAGAUUGAGGAGCUGCGGAGUAAUAAACCGGGCCUUUUUGGGGAAGAGUUUUUUCCUGCUGGUGGUUCCGUUUUGAAUUCCAAGCAAUCUUCUGGGGCCGCCGGACGACUUCCAGGUGGCGUCGCCACAUCUUCUGCUGGCGUGGUCGGAGGUGUGCAUCUGACAGGGCAGGAAAUCGAUGCGGAUUGCAUCGUGGGUUUGGAUUACCUACCGCCCCCGCCACGGAAAAACAAAAACGCUGCAUCUGUGGGGGCAAAGGUGGGCCAAUUUCACAGCGUUAGAACAACCAACCUGCAGCAGGACAAUACUUCGCCUUCCGGCAGCAGCACAGCCGUACAACCCGGACCAGUUGAUCAGGACGCACUGUUCAGGGAAGGCGCUCACAAAGCCACAAAACUGGCGAUUAUGAAGAAGCCGACUAGCCAGCAUUCGCCGAGUUCGCCCGCUGCUGCGUCUUCUGCCGCGAUAAAAAAGAACACUAGUCGUGCAUCAUCUCCCUCUGAUGUCACCACCGGUGCAGCUUUCGCUUUGAAAGUCGAAAGUAAACCCGAGCGACCGGAGAAACCGCUACAGGCAGACCAAAUUGUAGUGAAGGGCGAAGUUGUCCUCGAGAUGAUGUCCUCUGCAGCUUCUCAGAAAGUCAACAUAGUCCCGCCGCCGGCUGUGUCGAGGAGCAAGUCGCCGACAGGCAGUUCUUCGCCGACCGGAAGUAGAACCAGGUUGGGAGCAGGAGCGGCGACCAGGAGUGCCGCGGCCGGCGUAUGCGCAACAGAAACUUCUUCCAAGACUCUGUCCCCACGGCAGGAGCCCUCGUCCUCUGGGCAGCAGCAGCAACAACUGUUUUCGCAGCAGAACAAAGUCCCGCAAGCCUCCGUGCAGCAGCUCCCCUGGUCCCCGGCCGGCGGGACAAACACGACGUCUCAUAACGCGGUGAUAGCGCGGAAAAAUGACCAGAUGAGCCUGCUGUCGCCCAAAUUUCAAAAGCUACGGGAAGAGACCGGAACGGUGCAAGGGAAACUGCAGGUGAAAGAAGAAGUUUUGGCAGCAUUUUCAACAACAACUGCGGGGGCACCGCUGCAAGGGCAGCAUCAAUCCGAAGCAGGGGAGGUGGAUUCGGAAAUAGAAGCAAACGCGAUAAUUUCCGUGCGGCGGUUAGCCCGGAUGGAAGGCGCAAGAGCAGUGAGUUCCACGGUCCGGGGCGGAGGGAGGAAUCAUAUGGCGCAGUCGGUGAAGGACCCACCGCAGCAGCACGACUUCUCUUCGGCCGCGCCGAGGAGUCCGGAGCUUCUACAACUGGAAAGCAGUGACAGCAACAUCAAAGGCACUGCGGCGAAGCAUCUAACCACCGUACGAGACCCGGUGGUGGUCACAGAGGACGGUGAUGUCGUCGUUUCGAGUCGCCUCUACCCGAAAUACUUGCAGCCGAACGGGCAAGUUUCUGUUCUACCCGAGCAUGUGGCUGCUGGUGGUGGUGGUGCACAUUAUCACGGCUUCUCCUUCCAUCCCGUGCCGCUCAAUGCUGGUGCCCGCUCUCGGAGUAACUCACCACACAACUCGACGUCCCCGAGGCAGCAAGGUCGCGCUCUUUCGCCGAGAGAGAUGAAGCUGGCAAACAAAGCAAGCUACGGUUAUUCCAGAGCUGCCAGUUCCCACGGUGAAGGUGAUAAGCAUUCGCCCCGGAGUGCUGACAGCAAGAAGAACACUUCGUUUCAACAACGGCCGCAUAGUCUGAACCACAGCUUUUCCUCGUCCGCUUCGGCUUCUAGCAGCCCCGGGAAAAGAACAUCAAGGCGAAACAGCUUGAGAACUACUUCCACACGAUUGCAGCAGCAGCAAAGUUCUAUCAACUCCCAAGUCGCCGCGGUGAUGGACCAAUCGCAUAGCCACGUGUCUAUGACGGAGUGGAUCCAGAUGAAGCGGGAUUUGCUGCAGUUGAUCAAAUCGAUUGACAUUACCUCCAGUCAGUACGGCGGAUUCGACGUGUACAAGGUGUACAAAGAAUCCAAGGAGCGGUUCUCCAGCCCCCGCAGCCGCUCCCGGUAUUUGACCAUGGCCCUGAAGCAUCAGAAACGGACGGGAAGCGGGUCUGGGUCCAACUCCGCGGCCUCUAGCGCGACGGCGUCGCCGGUCAAGAGGGGAGCUAUGGGGGUACAGGGCACGAGUGCAGGUAUUUGAGUGCUGAAUUUUAUGGUUUUCCGGGGGAAAUGGAUGUUGUUAUUUUUGGUCGGGGAUCGCAUGAAACACUCUACCAAAUAAACUACAGGGACUAGCAAGAGCAAAACAGAAGCGCAGACGGCGACCCUGAAUGCUGAACAGCCAGGCGCGAGUACAUCAACGGCUAAUCCGACGAACCAGCUUUUCUAUCCCGACCACGCGGACAGUUGCAAAGUAGACGAGGGUCGUACUACGAUGAGCAACACGGAUGCAUUUGCAGCAGCAGAAGCAUCAGCCGCGCCAGAGACUGCUUCAACAACGGGCGAUACAAGCAAGGUUGCGGCAGAAGUAGGCUCAGCUACAGCAGCUCCGACCUCCUUCCCGCAAAAGCCAACCCAGUUUCUGCAGCUCGGAAAUUUGCGCAGCAUUUCUCUGUCUUCCUCAAAAUCACCGACUACGAAUUCGGUGGAACUGUUGGGCAACAAAAUGAAAAGCCCAACAACCACUCUGCUGUGGCACGCAGGAAUUUCAACUGCGGGGAGUAACAUCAUUCCCAAAGUCGGCAUUCCGGGCGGUAACAAGGCAUUUUCAACCACGGGCGCCGGGAGCAAAAAUUCAGUGGACUCGUCUGGCGUGGAACAGCAAACGCUUUCGCAGCGCACUCCACCGGUAGAGACGCCUUUGGAGUCGAAGGAGGGGGCGGUUGAAGUGGUGGAAAUUGUGGAAGAAAAAUCCAGUAGCAAGCACAGCAGUGAAAUCGAGGAAACGCCGGAUGAGGAGGAGACGCCGGAUGCGGGCCGUGGGCCACAGGUGGAUCAAAGCUGUGAUGGGAAUCCAGCACCGAGAAAGAAAGACGCGGAGCUAACGGUUUUGGAGGUGCAGGAAAAUGAAAAGGAUGAGAAACCGAGUAAGACGGCAAUCGGGAGGUGGUUCUGGGGGUAUUGAGAUGAAGAUUUGGUUGAAGGAGUUUCUUUUCCUUGUACAAUGUAUGUAUUGUAAUGACGUUCCACCUUGUAGUUCUAAGUGUACGAUUCUUGUUUUCGCACUACAGUGUCUUGAGUACAGGCUAUACCUUCUUGACACGUCUUGGAAUCAACUUCUUGACCGUGGUGACGGAAGAUUUGCCCACGACUAAACUGACUCACUGUUAAAUAAGUUUUUCGUUCGUGAUGUUUCACUUUUUUGGCAAAUGUUUUUACCACUGAAGACCCAUUCUAUUACUUUCUCUGAUGCUCAGGCUGCUCUUUUUGUACGAUAAAUGCUUGAAACUGUGACCAUGCACCAGUUUAUAGGCCGGUCGGCAGCAAUGUAUCUGAAAAAAGUAACGACUAUGAAAGCAAUUUCAAACAAGAGUAAAUGCAAUCAAGCAUUUUUCUGAU